AUGUCCAGAUCCGGGGACAGGACCUCCACCUUCGACCCCAGCCACAGUGACAACCUGCUGCACGGUCUCAACCUGCUGUGGAGGAAGCAGCUAUUUUGCGACGUGACCCUGACAGCCCAAGGCCAACAGUUCCACUGCCACAAGGCCGUGCUGGCCUCCUGCUCGCAGUACUUCCGAUCACUCUUCUCCAGCCACCCCCCUCUCGGGGGAGGGGUCGGCGGCCAGGACGGCCUGGGGGCCCCCAAGGACCAGCAGCAGCAGCAGCAGCCGCAGCAGCAGCCUUCACAGCAGCAGCAGCAGCCACCACAGGAGGAGCCCGGGACUCCUUCCUCCUCCCCCGACGACAAGCUGCUGACCAGUCCCCGAGCCAUCAACAACCUAGUGCUGCAGGGCUGCUCGUCCAUCGGGCUGCGCCUAGUGCUUGAAUACCUCUACACGGCCAACGUGACCCUCUCCCUGGACACCGUGGAGGAGGUGCUGUCGGUCAGCAAAAUCCUGCACAUUCCUCAGGUCACCAAGCUCUGCGUUCAGUUCCUCAACGACCAGAUCUCGGUGCAGAACUACAAGCAGGUGUGCAAGAUCGCCGCACUGCACGGCCUGGAGGAGACCAAGAAGCUGGCCAACAAGUACCUGGUGGAGGAUGUGCUGUUGCUUAACUUCGAGGAGAUGCGUGCCCUGCUGGACUCGCUGCCGCCCCCCGUGGAGUCGGAGCUGGCACUUUUCCAGAUGUCCGUGCUGUGGCUGGAGCACGACCGUGAGACCCGCAUGCAGUACGCGCCCGACCUCAUGAAGCGCCUUCGCUUUGCGCUCAUCCCCGCCCCGGAGCUGGUGGAGCGGGUCCAGUCGGUGGAUUUCAUGCGCACCGACCCGGUCUGCCAGAAGCUGCUGCUGGACGCCAUGAACUACCACCUGAUGCCCUUCAGGCAGCACUGCAGGCAGAGCCUGGCCAGCAGAAUUCGCUCUAACAAGAAAAUGCUGCUGUUGGUUGGAGGGUUGCCUCCCGGACCAGACCGGCUCCCCAGCAAUCUGGUUCAGUAUUAUGAUGACGAAAAGAAGACAUGGAAAAUACUCACAAUUAUGCCUUACAACAGUGCCCACCACUGCGUUGUAGAGGUAGAAAACUUCCUGUUCGUGUUGGGUGGAGAGGACCAGUGGAACCCAAAUGGAAAACAUAGUACAAAUUUUGUCAGCCGAUAUGAUCCCCGAUUUAAUAGUUGGAUUCAGCUUCCACCCAUGCAAGAAAGAAGAGCCAGUUUCUACGCAUGUCGCUUGGACAAGCAUUUAUAUGUGAUCGGCGGGAGGAACGAAACUGGCUACCUGUCCAGUGUGGAGUGCUACAACCUGGACACAAACGAGUGGCGCUAUGUGUCAUCUCUGCCUCAGCCGCUGGCAGCCCACGCAGGAGCAGUGCACAAUGGGAAAAUAUACAUUUCAGGGGGUGUGCACAACGGAGAGUAUGUCCCGUGGUUGUAUUGUUAUGACCCGGUCAUGGAUGUCUGGGCCCGCAAACAAGACAUGAACACGAAGCGUGCCAUCCACACUCUGGCUGUGAUGAACGAUCGCUUGUAUGCAAUUGGAGGGAAUCAUUUGAAAGGCUUCUCCCACCUGGACGUCAUGCUUGUGGAGUGCUAUGACCCAAAAGGUGACCAGUGGAAUAUACUCCAAACACCCAUCCUGGAGGGUCGAAGUGGGCCUGGCUGUGCGGUGCUCGAUGACAGCAUUUAUCUAGUUGGAGGCUACAGCUGGAGUAUGGGUGCCUACAAGUCCUCUACAAUCUGCUAUUGUCCAGAAAAAGGAACCUGGACAGAACUCGAAGGCGAUGUGGCUGAACCUCUGGCAGGCCCAGCCUGUGCGACAGUCAUUCUACCAGCCUGUGUGCCCUACAACAAAUGACAGCAGGAAACCCUGGCAUAGUGCCACACCAAGAAUGCAGGGACAGGCGGUGUGCUGUCCUGCGUGAACCAUGCAUUCCAAUGGUACAACUGCCCUAACCUUUGGUUUCUGAUGACUUAAAAGUGACUGCAGAAAAAAGAGACCUGGCCUUGAGCAGAGACUGUUGUUUGCAACCCAGAUGACACUCAACUUGUGGUGACAGACUCUUCCAUAUCAGGCCGGUUUGAACUUGUUCCACCUUUACGCAAACUCACGUGGAGCUGAACUUUCAAAAAGGAAAAGAUAAACCACGGAAGCCUGGCCCCAGAGACCUAAGAUCCAUAUUGUUGCAUUGUUUCCUAACUGCAUGUGAUAGACUCGGACAUUUGGCAAAUAUUUUGUACAUGAAUGAUUCAAAGUCCAACCCACGGAAAUGGUCACCCUGUAUUCCAGAAAGCGUCACUUGAUUCUGUAUUGGUAAAUGCUUGGCGGCUUCACCAACUCCAUAGGUAGCAAAGGAAAACCACAGAAGACGG